ACGAAGCCAUGUCUGUUGCGGCAUCUCAUCAUGACAACACGAGAAGAUGUGUCAACUAUGCUCCUACCAUCUGGGGAAACGAGUUUCUUCAAUUUGCUUCAAAAUCUGUGGAAGUUGAUGACAAGGUGGAACAUAAAGUGAAUAAAGAGAAAAUAAAGAUGUUCAUAUCUUCCAACCAUCAGAGUCGUCUACAAAUGCUAAACUUCAUUGACUUGGUCCAACGUUUGGGAGUCUCUUACCAUUUCGAACAUGAAAUUGAAGACGCAUUGGCAAAGCUUCACAGCAUUUAUACCAGAAAUAACAGCCUUAUCACGCAUCGGGAUGGGGAUGAUAAUCUUCACUCUCUUGCUUUACUCUUUCGAUUGCUGAGGCAACAUGGAUAUCCCAUUUCAUCAUCUGAUGUAUUUGAGAGAUUCAAAGACGACAAGGGCGAGUUUAACAACGAAAAUGUUAGCAAGGAUGUGAGAGGAAUGUUAGCCUUGUAUGAAGCUGCACAAUUAGAGGUUCACGGAGAAAACAUACUUGAUGAAGCUCUUCAUUUCACUUACACUCGCCUUAAAUCCUUGACUGAUGACACCCAACUGAGCCCUUGUCUCAAUGCACAAGACAGCCACCGCUUAAGUCAGCCUCUUCACAAGAGAUUGAGUAGGAUAGAAGCAAGGCAUUACAUGUCUUUAGUCUACCAGCAGCAAGAUCCUUCCCAAAAUUACUUAAUGCUGCUCAACUUUGCAAAGUUAGAUUUCAAUAUGCUGCAGAAACUGCAUCAGAAAGAACUUGGCAAUAUCACCAAGUGGUGGAAAGAAUCAGAGUUGACAAGAAAGGUGCCUUAUGCUAGAGAUAGGUUGGUGGAGUCCUUCUUUUGGCCAUUAGCCAUGUCCUAUGAGCCUCAAUUCAGCACUGCAAGAAUGAUAACCGGCAAAAUGGUUGCUAUUAUCUGUCUUCUUGAUGAUACCUAUGACGCCUAUGGCACCCUUGAAGAACUCGAGCUCUUCACCGAGGCCAUUCACAGAUGGGACGUAAGUCCUAUUAAAUCUCUUCCAGAGUGCAUGAAAGUGGUGUUUGAAGCAGUAGUGGAGGUGUGCAAUGAAAUGGAGACGGUGACUGCAAAACAAGGAACGUCAAAUCUUGUGAUGCCGCAUGUGAAACAAGCUUUUUUCAACUUGGCUAAGGCGUACUUGAUGGAAGCAAGAUGGUGCUAUGAAGGCUACAUUCCAAGAUAUGAGGAGUACAAGGAUAACGGAGUUGUGUCUUCUACUUACCCACUUCAGAUAACUUCAUUCCUGGUCCUUGGAAACCUUGCAACGAAAGAGGUUCUUGAAUGGAUUGCCACCGAUCUGACAAUUGUUAGGGCUAGCUCAAUUAUCGGCAGACUCAUGGAUGAUAUGGCCUCUCAUAAGUUUGAGCAGGAGAGAGAGCAUGUUGCUUCAGGAGUGGAGUGUUGCAUGAAGCAGUUUGGAGUUUCAGAAGAAGAGGCUUAUAAAAUUCUCAGCAAUGACGUCAGAAAUUGCUGGAAGGAUAUUAAUGAAGAGUGUUUGAAUAAUCCACAUGACGUCCCAAAAUCUGUGCUUGAUAUUGCUGUCAAUUUUGCUCGAGUGUCUGAAGUUGCCUAUGAAAACCUGCGAGACAGAUUCACUAAUGGCGAGUCCCUCAAACAUUAUGUAGACCAACUCCUUCUGGAUCCCAUACCCAUUGAACCGUGACGUAGCUUUAUAUAUUUUUAAGUUAAGGUUUAAAUUUGCUCUUGUAUUUAUUUUUUAAGAGUACUGGACAUUUUAUAUUCUUAUGUGGGAUAAUUUUACUCUUGAACUAUUUUUCAGAGGAGCAAAAACUCUCUUUCAUUAAUCAGCCGUUAAUUUUUCCGUUUUCAGCUGAUUUGGCAUGUACGUGGAGCCCAUGCAUAGUAAUAUGUAAGAUGUAGCAUGUCCUUUUAUGUUAAU